AUGUCGGUUUCUAUUGACAAUGUGCAAGUGGUAAUGUUGAACAACAUUUACCUUUAUUUCAAGAAAAACUCAUUGCUGAUUUUAACGAUAUCAAGUGUUAUUGUCGGCGCGAUCUUGGGAAUCGGAUUGAAAUAUGCCUCUUUAUCAGAACAAAGUAAGAUUCUAUUAGUAUUUCCAGGAGAUUUAUUCAUGAAUAUGCUAAAAAUGCUAGUCCUCCCCUUGAUAGCUUCAAGUCUUAUUACGGCCGUUGCUCAAACGAAUCCAAAGAUGACCGGAAUUAUAGGAAUAAGAUCAAUGAUUUAUUAUAUUGUGACAACUUUUUUAGCAGUUUUUACCGGAAUAUUUUUGGUAAUGGCCAUUCGCCCCGGAAGUGUGGAAGAUAGAAUUAAUAUAAAUAAGGAAACUACCGGUACUAAUAAAAAAGAAGGCUCUAUUCUUGACUCCGUACUAGAUUUAUUAAGAAACCUCGUUCCCGAAAAUUUAAUUCGAUCAACUUUUCAAACUCAAAAGACCAGUUAUGCUGAGAUUGCUCGUGUCAAUAGUUCAGAGAUCAAAUAUAGAAGGAUAAUCGGUUAUGAGGAUAACAUGAACACUUUGGGGAUUAUAAUGUUUUCCCUGUUUUUUGGUGCCAUUCUUUGUGCGCUAGGAGACAAAUCAAGGGCUAUGAUCGCUUUGUUUUCCGUCUUAAAUGACGUGAUUAUGAAAUUCGUCAUUCUGAUGAUGUGGUAUUCUCCGCUAGGUAUAAUGUGUUUAAUUGCUAGCAAGAUAGUAGAGACAGAUAAUUUAGGCAAAGCUGCUAAAGAUCUGGGUAGUUAUAUGUUAACCGUGAUUAUGGGAUUAUUCAUUCAUCUUUUCAUCAGUUUACCCUUGAUAUAUUUUGUACUCACGAAGAAAAAUCCGUUAAUAUUCAUGAAGGCCAUGCUUCCGGCGAUCAUAACAGCUCUGGCUACGGCUUCGAGCUCGGCCACACUUCCUUUUACCUUUCAAUGCACCGAAGAAAAUUUACACAUAGAUAAGAGGAUCACCCGUUUCGUUUUACCCAUCGGAGCGACAGUGAAUAUGGAUGGAACCGCAUUGUACGAAGCGGUUGCCGCCCUAUUUCUUGCAAGAUUGAAUGGGAUUACUCUUGGAUUCGAUACGAUAUUGAUAGUUAGCUUAACUGCUACUUUCGCUAGUAUUGGGGCGGCCAGUAUACCAGGAGCAGGACUUAUAACCAUGAUCAUGGUUCUCAAUUCUAUUAAUGUUCCAGCAAAAGAUAUAGCGGUGUUGUUACCUGUCGAUUGGCUAUUAGACAGACUUAGGACAACUGUAAACAUUCUGGGAGACGCUUAUGGGGCUUGUAUUGUGGACCAUCUUUGUCGAAAAACCCUUGAUAAUACUGUUGGUCAGCCGGAUGUCUACGCAGAACCACUCGAAGAAAAAGUUGAGUGGGUGAACCCGAACUAA